AAAUUUUGCACAACUUAGUAAUGAUUUAAAAUUAACUGCGUUCAUGCAUUGCACGUGAACUGAUGGUAAGCUUAGUUUCAGUAGAAAGAAAACAGCACUCUUGGUUCAUGUACACACCUAAAGCCUAAAAUUGUACCAAAUUUCUGCCAGACAUUAAAACCAUUUCAUUUAAAGCUAGUCAUUGAUUUUAAGCUGUUAUUAUACACAGUGAGACCUCACAUUAUGCCACUGUUGCAGAUGUUGUUUAUGAAAGAAUCAAACUAAUUUGGAGAUUAGGCUCACUCACAAACAGCUAACACCAGCCCUGUUAUUUACUUGAGGUAAUUAUGGGUAUUAUCUAAGGACAGCAGUGGGAACACAUAUAAAGCUAGGUGUUAGUGCAUGUCAAAUGGUAACACUGAAGGCAUACCUGACUGGUAAAGAUGGAGCGGAUUAUACUCCUCUGCAUGGUUUCUAUUUGUCUCUCAGCUGUGCAAGCUCAGAAAUUUUUGUUCAACCAAAAGUGGGGUCCCGCUGGCUACAAAGAAUGGAGAGGGGUCAAUGAAGAAACGGCAAUGGAUAAAAUCAUUAAAACCAACGAGCUUAAAGCUACGCAAAUCAUCGAUGGCGCCACCACCCUCAGAGAGGGAGAUAUUGCUGUUUCCUCCGGAACACCCCCCAGAAUCUGCUUUGCACGGAGCUGCCUGUGGUCCAAAUCAGUGGAUGGACAUGUCUACAUUGCAUAUAACCUCUCACCUGAAUACAAUGACAUGGAUACAAUGCUGAUAAAGACAGGUAUGGCCAACAUAGAGCAAGGUACCUGUGUGCGUUUUGUUCCACGGACUCACCAGAGAGACUACAUCGACAUCCAGCCAAAGUCAGGUUGCUGGUCCUACCUUGGUGCGCGUGGUGGAAGGCAGACUGUGUCUCUCCAGAUCCCUAACUGCGUCCAGGUUGGAGUGGUUUCCCAUGAAUUCAUGCACACCUUGGGCUUUGUGCACGAGCAGUCCCGCUUAGAUCGGGACAACUAUGUCACCAUCAUGUGGCCAAAUAUUUCAAGAGAUCGGUUGAGAAACUUUGAGAAGUUCAAGACUGACACUCUGGAUCUGCCCUAUGACUAUGGCUCGAUUCUGCACUUUGGAAAAUAUGCCUACUCCCAGCGUGGGGAAGCAACCAUCCUUCCAAAGGACAACAACAACAUCCAGCUGGGCCAGGCUUUAUCUCUCAGCCACAUUGACAAGCUAAAAAUCAACAGACUUUAUAAUUGUGAUGACAUGGAUGAUUAGAGACCCGGCUGAAUGGAAGUGAACCAGGAGUAAAGGCCAAUUUAACAAAACUGCAGUUGAAUUAUAUGAACAGUUUCAAUAAAGAUUGAUUCAAACCUU